CAGGUAUUCACUUUAUAACUAAGCCUUUAGUUGUGUCAUCAAGCCUUUCUAGAAAUAAACAUGGACUUCGUCAAAAUUAUUUUGUUCAUCUCUCUCAUCUAUGGAUUGUAUGCGAAGCAAAAAGUACCCGCUGGAGCAUGCGUUUCCAAGAUCGUGAAUGGGAAACUCGUUCAAGUUGGAGAUUGCGAGAAAAACGAUGGAUCCGAUAUCGUCAGACUGAUUAAGAAGAGUCGUGAUGAGAAGAUAAAGGCUGAAACUAAGUGUGACGUCACAUACAAGAAAAAAUGCUACCGAGCAGUUGUGUAUGAUGUACGGAAUGUUACCUUCACCGAUGCCAAAGCAAUCUGCAAAUCAAAGAACGGAAAACCCGCGAAUAUUUACGACCUCAAGCAUUACCAGCUGCUGCUCCCUUAUCUACGUUCACCGAUUCCUGGUGGUGGUUGGCCAUAUAUUGCCGGUCGGAUAUUGAUGCGGAUCUGGACUGGGAUGGAAUACAAGAACAAUCAGCUUUUGCUAUCCAAUGGAAAACCAAUCACUAUAGCAACAGAAGUGUGGUUUCCUGAUUAUCCGAGUCCCGAAGCAUCGCGGACAAAUGUUGGUGUUGUUGUCGAUAAAGAUCCAGAGUAUGCAGAUCAGGGAAUGUUCAAUCGUUCACCAUCCCACUCAUUCCACGGUGUCAUCUGUGAAAUAUUAAACCAGAUCAAAACCUGACAGAACUUUGUUGACGAUUCAAUGAUAAAAAAGACAAAAACAGUUAAAUGACUGUUGUUAUCUAUAUAGAUUUUCAUUAAAAUUUUUGUUCGCUUUUCUAUGGCCGUUGUUCUAAAUGUUCAAAUUAUGAUAGGUCCAUGUCUGAUUAUGCAAAAUUUAUAAGCUGCCCAUGAACGAUUCGAUCUUAAAUUACUCUUCAAUUUCACUAAAUCGCAUAUUUUUACAAAGACUGUU